GCCGGAACCCGGGAGCGAGAGAAGCGAAAUGACAUUUCCUCUUUAAAUAGCUGGAGCGGGGCCCCGUGGAGAAAUGGCCGCGUCGGCAGAUGGAAAUAAGCCUUCCCCGCCUCCGCCCGGGACGCCGUCCGCAGACGCCGCCGGCGAAGCCGUGGACCCCGCUCACGCGUGCAGUGUUCUUAAGCAGCUCAGAACCAUGUACGAGGAAGGCCAGUUGACAGACAUUGUGGUGGAAGUGGAUCGCGGGAAAGCAUUUUCCUGCCACAGAAACGUCCUCGCUGCCAUCAGCCCCUACUUCAGAUCCAUGUUCACUAGUGGCCUUACAGAAAGUUCUCAAAAAGAAGUUCGAAUAGUCGGUGUUGAAGCUGAAUCAAUGGAGUUAGUGUUGAAGUAUGCCUACACCUCCAGAGUUGUUCUGACAGAGGCCAAUGUUCAAGCCUUGUUUACUGCAGCUAGCAUCUUCCAGAUUCCGUCCAUCCAAGACCAGUGCGCUAAGUAUAUGAUCAGUCAUUUGGACCCACAAAAUUCUAUUGGGGUCUUCAUCUUUGCUGAUCAUUAUGGUCAUCAGGAACUCGGAUAUCGAUCAAAAGAAUACAUUCGUAAAAAGUUUCUGUGUGUCACCAAAGAACAGGAGUUUCUCCAAUUGACAAAAGACCAACUUAUAAGUAUACUAGACAGUGAUGAUUUAAACGUGGACCGAGAAGAGCAUGUUUAUGAAAGCAUUGUAAGGUGGUUUGAAUAUGAACAGAAUGAAAGAGAAGUGCACCUUCCAGAAAUUUUUGCCAAAUGCAUACGUUUUCCUCUAAUGGAGGAUACCUUUAUAGAGAAAAUUCCACCUCAGUUUGCACAGGCUAUAGCCAAAAGCUAUGUAGAGAAGGGCCCAUCCCAUACUAAUGGCUGUACACAAAGACUUGGAAUGACUGCAUCUGAAAUGAUCAUAUGUUUUGAUGCUGCCCACAAACACUCAGGAAAGAAGCAAACAGUGCCUUGUCUAGAUAUAGUCACAGGAAGAGUGUUUAAAUUAUGCAAGCCACCAAAUGAUCUAAGAGAAGUUGGGAUUCUUAUAUCACCAGAUAAUGACAUUUACAUCGCAGGAGGAUACCGGCCAAGCAGCAGCGAAGUAUCCAUUGACCAUAAGGCAGAAAAUGAUUUCUGGAUGUAUGACCAUUCCACCAAUAGGUGGCUAUCCAAACCACCCUUGCUGCGAGCCAGAAUAGGCUGCAAGCUGGUGUACUGCUGUGGUAAGAUGUACGCCAUUGGAGGGCGCGUUUAUGAAGGUGACGGGAGAAACUCACUAAAAUCUGUGGAGUGCUAUGACGGCAGAGAAAACUGUUGGACAGCUGUUUGCGCAAUGCCUGUUGCAAUGGAGUUCCAUAGUGCCGUGGAACACAGAGAGAAGAUCUAUGUUCUACAGGGUAGGUGCCUAAGUGGCUUAGUUCUCCACGAAAGGGUAGCAGGAGAAUUUUUCCUCUUCUAUGAGCCUCAAAAAGACUACUGGGGUUUUUUAACCCCUAUGACUGUGCCUAGAAUCCAGGGCUUAGCAGCUGUAUACAAAGACUCUAUCUACUACAUAGCUGGAACCUGUGGAAAUCAUCAACGCAUGUUUACUGUAGAAGCCUAUGACAUUGAGCUAAAUAAAUGGACUCGUAAGAAGGACUUUCCAUGUGAUGAAUCCAUCAAUCCAUACCUUAAACUGGUACUUUUCCAGAAUAAACUUCAUUUAUUUGUUCGAGCUACUCAAGUGACCGUUGAGGAACAUGUCUUCAGAACCAGCAGAAAAAAUUCUCUUUAUCAAUAUGAUGAUAUCACUGACCAGUGGAUGAAAGUAUAUGAGACCCCAGAUCGGCUCUGGGACCUUGGCCGGCAUUUUGAAUGUGCUGUUGCUAAACUCUAUCCUCAGUGUCUUCAGAAAGUACUUUGAGUAGCCGGCCUUAGGUAGCUCACUGACAUCUACUGCUUGAGGAAACUUAGUCUUUCAAUGGUAUAAGAAGUGCUGUCAGUAUUUAAGAAAGCUGAGGGUUUGUGCACGGAGUGAGUGCUCUGAAAGAUUACAGUGUAGGGAGGGAUGUCUUUUCAUCUUUAUGAUGUUUUCAUUUCAGUAGCAAAAGGUAACAAAGUGCAAUUAUCAGCUUUCUUUUUCUGGUAUAAAAACAAUCAUUUUCAUUCUAGAAUUUCGUGAUAGUCUCUGAGAUACCAGAUGAAUUAAUAACUAUGCAGUCUUAUAAGAGCAAUUAGGUAUUAUUGGUUAGAGUCAUCCAAAAUAGUGUGUGAUGUGACUUUUAUUUUAAAUACGGGUAAAACUCUGAGGCAAUAUCACUAGGACUUUAGCUGUGACCUCUCCAACACAGAGAAGCACUAAACUUAGAUUCUCAUUUUUAAUAUACAUAUAUAUAUAUAUAUAUAUAUAUAUAUAUAUAUAUAUAUAUAUAUAUAUACAGCUUUCAAGUGUACUGAGGUUUAAAUGUGUUCUGUUAUUAGAGUAAAUCGAAGGGAAAAACAAAUCAUCUCAGAAAGAACUUUCAGUCUAAUUAUUUCAUCAUAUUAUUUCCCAUAUAGCUUUAAAUUAAGCUGAAGUUUUAAAGUAGCUGUUUUCUGUUGAUAAUUUUUUCACGUGCUAACACUGUCUUAUUUAAAAAAUCCUGAGAAGGGUUCACAUUCACAGGUGGCUGGUGCUAGCAUAAUAAGUUCAUUCGUGUGUUUAGCUAGAUAGAUUUCAAUUGUCUGAGCCUAUGCCUACCUUUCAAGUUGGUACGAGUUCUAUGGCCAUCAUACUUUACUGUUGAAUUCUUGUGAUUUCACAAGAUUCUCUACUUACAUGAUAGCAAGAUAUGGCCAGUUAUUGGUCUAACUCAGUCUUAGAAUAGUGAGAAGAUUGAACAUAGUUUGCACUAACACAGGCCAUUGUUACCUGACCUCCUUUUCCAUCCUCUACUUGUCUAGUCUUAAUCGGUACAAUGAAAGGUAACUUAUUUCUGCACAGAGCAUAAUGUGAAGUUUUAUACCUACUUUUAAAAUUCUGUUUUACAGAAACAAAACUCCUGCAGUGGUUGAAUUUAAUGGCUUUUAAGUUACAUGUGACAAUUAAAACCUCAUUUUCUUUUUAAGUUUUGCACUUAACAGUGAUAAAUAUUUUUACAUUGAAAACUUUGCUCUAGCUGAAGGUGAUUCAGAAGGAAAAGAGUGAGUGAAUAGGACCAUAGCAUUAUAGGUACUAAAUCAUGUUUCAUAUUUAACAGAUGAAUUUCUAACAAUCAGUUAGGAAUAUUCUCAUAAAGGACAAACCAACUCAUUCAUAAUACCUUAGGUAGAUAUUUGGAUCAGUAACUUAUUUUUUACUAUGCCUAGAAUAAUCAGUAAAGGAUACAGGUAUAGUGCAGAGUCUGUCAUCAACUAGAAUAUUUUGAUUUUCUUAAAGAAAACAAAUUGGCAUGGUUUGUAUUAGAAACUCUUGUACAAAUUGUGAUGUGAUACUGUGAAACAAUUUUAAAACAUUGCCUCUUUGCAUCACAUACCUCGUUUUUCAGAAACUUUCCAAACUUAGACCUCUACUGUAGGAAAUGUUUUCUGAAGAAGAAUUCAAAGUAGACAGGAUUUAUAGAAUUAACAUUUUAAAAUCUAGCCUUGUAAAGCUAGAUAUGUGGUUCUUUUUCUUACUGGCCUUGAGAAUGUAUAUAUAAUCUCUUUAUAAACUUUGUCAACCAAUAACCUUUUUUUCUUCCCAGUUUUUCCUUCAUCUUUAUGCUGUUUGGGGACUAUUUCUGUGAGUUUUUUCAAGCAUCUUUAAAGUGUUGCAGUGCAAAGGAGAAGAAAAAACAGAAGUAAUUAACUUUUGCAAGAGAUGUUCAUGUAAUUUAUUUUGAAAGCUUUGUUGAGUAGCUAAGAUUUCCUGAUGCUUUUUGACAAUCUUCUGUAUUUAUUUAGGAAAAAUACGUUACUUGAAAAUAUGACAUAGAACGCUGAGUUAGUAAUUUACAUGUGCCGUGUGACCAAUAGGAAUACAACAUGCUGUGGUCCCACAAUAGAUUUUUUUUCUGUUGAUCUGCACAACAGUUGAUACUUUUACUAUAAAAAUUUAUGUUGGGAGUGUGAUCUAAGUAUAGUGUGUCAAAGCCAAGGUUUAGAAUUUGCUACGAAAAUAGAAUAUAUGUUGAAUUUUGUAUGAAUAACUAUUUGUUUAAGUUAUAUAACUAGGAUACUUUGCCACUUUUUAAAUGAUUUGGAUAUGAAACGAAGAUGACUAAGAAAACUAAGAUGAGUAAUAUGUGUGAAUAUAUGUUUAGAUAGUGAAGGUACAUUUGCAUAGUAUGUUAAGAAUAUAAGUAAAAUGCACAAUGGGACCGAAGAAUUAAAUAAAAUAAAGGUCUAAAAUAUGCCCGUCCCACUUUAACUUUGUUUUUACAUUUGAAGAACGUAUGUAGCACUUUCCUAUAUAGUUUUUAGACAUUAAAAACUGGACUUGGUAUAACUAUAUUAUAGGAAAGUUUUAAUUGUAUUUUUUAGUUUCCCACCUUUGUUUUCUGUUAUCCUGCAAAGUUGAUGCAUAAGAUCAAGCUCAUCUCAUUGGUGCAUGAAAAAAAGUGGAAGUGAUCCGCAAGGAAUCAGAUUCCCUGUGUGAAGCAGUUUAAAUGUCAUUCAAUGUUCAGUGCUCAGGUAUGUAGUAAGUACUGUAGUCCUUUGGGGGCAAAUGUGUAGAUAUUUUUAAACAUUUUGCCAAAAUUGCACAGUUUUUUGCAUUUUUACAUGAUGGCAUUGUUUCUUAUAAUAAAACUUUUUUUCUGAUUGAAAA